UGCUGUCCUUUCGUCUCGCAGAUGAAAUUUAACCUCGAUUUAUUAGGAGACGUAACGUUAGAUAUCUGUCGCUGAAAGAUACCGAAUGAGUUUCCCAAUGUUGGGUAACCAGUCAGUUAAAAGUAAGUGCCUCGUUAGCUUGCUAGCUAGUUAAAUCUAUUCAGAAAGCAAAUGGGAAGUUCAGUGGCUACCUAGUAAUCUAACAUUAACCGAGGCAGGCCCUGACACCACUGGAAGCAGAACACAUCUUUCAAUCAACUGACUGACCAAAAACAAAGAAACGCUAAGAAGAGGAGAACGUCCCGUCGCUCAGCUUUGACAGUUGAUUUUACAGCUCUGAUGUCCCAACCUCUUUAACUGGCCGCAGUCAUGAUGCCGAUGAUCUUGACGGUGUUCCUGUCCGACAGCGAGAAGCUGCUGACGGAGGUGCCCAUCACCCCGGAAACCUCCUGCCGGGACGUGGUGGAGUUCUGCAGGGAGCCCGGGGAGAGCGGCUGCCACCUGGCCGAAGUGUGGCGGGGGAACGAGAGAGCCAUUCCCUUCGACCACAUGAUGUACGAGCACCUGCAGAAGUGGGGACCCCGGAAGCAGGAGGUGAAGUUCUUCCUCCGGCACGAGGACUCGCCCACGGAGGGCAGCGACCAGGGCAGCCAGCAGUCUCAGGACCAGGGCAACAAGGCGAACGGAGCCAACACGGACAAUGUCUGCCAAAACGGGGUGGGGAAUCCUCGUGUGGAGCUGACCCUGUCGGAGCUUCAGGAGAUGGCUACGAGGCAGCAGCAGCAGAUAGAGAACCAGCAGCAGAUGCUUGUCGCCAAGGAGCAGCGUCUGCGCUAUCUGAAGCAGCAGGAGCGGAGGCAGCAGCAGGCCGUUUGCGAGACCGAGAAACUGCAGAGGCUGAAGGAGCGCGUGGACAACCAGGAGGCCAAGCUCAAGAAGAUCCGCGCCAUGAGGGGCCAGGUGGACUACAGCAAGGUCAUCAACGGAAACCUGUCGGCGGAGAUCGAGCACAUCAACGGCAUGUUCCAGGAGAAGCAGCAGGAGCUGCAGUCGGCAGUGCUGAAGGUGGACCAGCUGACCCAACAGCUGGAGGACCUGCGCAGGGGCAAACUCAACGGCCUGCAGACGCUGAGCGGUCAGGUGACCGGCACGGCUGCGCUGGAGCUGCGUAAACUCUACCAGGAGCUGCAGAUCCGAAACAAGCUGAACCAGGAGCAGAACAGCAAGCUGCAGCAGCACAAGGACGUGCUCAACAAGCGCAACAUGGAGGUGACGCUGAUGGACAAGCGCAUCGCCGAGCUGAGGGACCGCCUCUAUAAGAAAAAAGCUGAGGCACGUCAAAAAGAGAACAUCCCUCUGAACAGGAUCAACGGGACGCCCUCCCCCCAGCCGCCCCCCGGGAGUUCGGGCCGAGUGGCCGCGGUGGGGCCCUACAUCCAGGUGCCCGUUCCCGGCCGGCAGGAAGGGGGGUACAUGGUGCCCCCCGAACCCCUCAAGCCACAGUCGCUGGGGGUGACGGCCGCCAUCAACCACGCCCGCUCAAAAUCAGCCAACGAUGCCAACUGGCCCACGCUCAGCAAGGCCACGCCCCCGCUCAAGCCUGCGGACUGGAAGGACUCCGGCACCGACGCAGGGGGAAGGCUGGCACCCCCGGGCACCCCCCCGGCUGUACGCACAGACAUGGGACUGGACGGCAGUAAACUGGCAGGCUCAGUCCCCGCUCUCUCCAGGCCCCACCCCCCCAGCUACGGCACCUACCCCAGCUCGGGGCUGCUGUCCUCAGCCGGCUCCACCAGCUCUCUGGACCGCCGUAAGGACAGCCUGCCCCGGUCCACCUGGCACCGGGCCCCGGCCCUGCCCGGGUCGUCCUCCCAGCUGAUCCAGCAGCGCAUCUCUGUCCCGCCCAGCCCCACCUUCCAGGCCGGGGAGAGAACGGACCCCCCGCUGGCCGUGGCCGUGCGGCCCUACAUCGCCGAUAAGGGCUCCCGCCCGCAGUCCCCCAGGAAGGGGCCCCCCACCAUGAACUCCAGCUCCAUCUACCACAUGUACCUUCAGCAGGGCGCGCCCAAAAACUACCCCAACAGCAAGCCUGCCGUCAAAGCAGUCUAUGGGAAGCCCAUCCUGCCCUCCAGCUCCAACUCCCCCUCUCCCCUGCCCUUCCUGCACGGACCCGCAGCCCCCGCGCUCCAGGUUUCAGGCGAAGACACGAUGGACCGGGCGGGAGACCCCGACAGCAGCCCCCCGGGGCCCAAGGAGGCCCCGCCCAGCGUGGAGAACAUCCCGCGGCCGCUGAGCCCCACCAAGCUGACGCCCAUGGCGCACUCGCCCCUGCGCUACCAGAGCGACAUCGACCUGGAGAUCCUGCGCAAGAAGCUGGCCAACGCGCCGCGGCCCCUGAAGAAGCGCAGCUCCAUCACGGAGCCCGAGGGCCCCAGCGGACCCAACAUCCAGAAGCUGCUGUACCAGCGCUUCAACACCCUGGCGGGGGGCAUGGAGGGCGGGGGUGGGACGCCCUUCUACCAGCCCAACAACCCCCCCGACUACGUCCUGGCCGACCUGGACAACGGCAACGCCGCCAACGCCAACCUGCCGGAGCUGCCCCCCUACACCGCGCCCCCGGCCGAGCUCCCCGAAACCAACCCCCUCCCCGCCCCCGCCCCGUCCUCCGAUGCCAAUGACAACCAGCUGCCCCUGCCGCCCACUGAGGACCUGACCCCCGGGCCCACGGACACUACGGAGGAUGCCAACAACAACCUCCCGGCCGGGCCCACGGAGACCCUGCCCAGCCCAGUCCCAGAGGGCAGCUCUCCCGAGGAGGUGGGGACUGAACCAGCCACAACCACCCAGCCAAUGGUCAAACGCACCAACCUGAAGAAGCCGGAAUCAGAGCGGACGGGCCACGGGCUCCGGGUGAAGUUCAACCCUCUGGCGCUGCUGCUGGACGCCUCCCUGGAGGGAGAGUUCGACCUGGUGCAGAGGAUCAUUUACGAGGUGGAGAACCCCAGUAAGCCCAACGACGAGGGCAUCACGCCCCUGCACAACGCCGUCUGCGCCGGACACCACCACAUCGUCAAGUUCCUGCUGGACUUCGGGGUCAACGUCAAUGCUGCCGACAGUGAUGGCUGGACGCCCCUGCACUGUGCCGCGUCCUGUAACAGCGUGCACCUGUGCAAGCUGCUGGUGGAGUCAGGAGCCGCCAUCUUCGCCACCACCAUCAGCGACGUGGAGACGGCCGCCGACAAGUGCGAGGAGAUGGAGGAGGGCUACAUCCAGUGCUCACAGUUCCUCUACGGUGUGCAGGAGAAGCUGGGGGUGAUGAACAAGGGCGGCGUGUUCGGCCUGUGGGACUACGAGGCCCAGGGCUCAGACGAGCUGUCCUUCAAAGAGGGUGACGCCAUCACCAUCCUGCGCAGGAAGGACGACAGCGAGACGGAGUGGUGGUGGGCUCGGCUCAACGACAAGGAGGGCUACGUCCCGCGGAACCUGCUGGGGCUGUACCCCCGGAUAAAGCCGCGACAGCGCUCCCUGGCGUAGAUGCGCAGUGAGGGCAUCAACCCGUUCUUUGGGAUGUAAAACUGGACCCGCGGACAACGACUGGAUCAUGGAACCGCCCCUCCCCGUGUCGCUGCCACUCCCUGGCAGGGGAGACGGGGUUCUGGGGGCGGCAGUGUGGGUUUUAUGGACUGGCAGACCAGGCCCACACAGCGAGCUGGACUCAGGCACUCAGCCUCUCCCGUCUGGUUCAACUCAUACCCGUUUAAUUUUCAUUUCAUCUCAAGGCUGAAGCCCACUCAUAACGGAAGAGUCCGUCAUUACUCACACAUUAUUUUUUGUUUCUUUUUUUAAACACUGCCCAUUGACAUUUAAGGAACGUGGUUCUUUCCACGUCGUGUUUGUUUCCUCUCCCUUGUGUCAGAGGGGACGUGAAUGUGUUCAGUGAAGCCAAGAGGAAGUGUUGCGCUCUGAUUGGGCGGAGAACAUGGGUUAGGAGGAAGUGAUGUGCUCUGAUUGGGCAGAGAGCAGGGGUUGGGAGGAAGUGAUGCGCUCUGAUUGGGCGGAGAGCAGGGGUUGGGAGGAAGUGAUGCGCUCUGAUUGGGCGGAGAACAGGGGUUAGGAGGAAGUGAUGCGCUCUGAUUGGGCGGAGAGUAGGGGUUGGGAGGAAGUGAUGCGCUCUGAUUGGGCAGAGAGCAGGGGUUGGGAGGAAGUGAUGCGCUCUGAUUGGGCGGAGAGCAGGGGUUGAGAGGAAGUGAUGCUCUCUGAACGGGCGGAGAGCUGGGGUUGAGAGGAAGUGAUGCGCUCUGAACGGGCGGAGAACAGCUCUUGCCGUUGUCGAGUGAUGAAGGAAACCCCAUAGAGACUUGUCUCCUUCCGGAGAGAAGGACCGGAGAAUGCACUGCAAAAACCAAAAUGUAUCAAUUUUGUCAAUCUCAACAAGUACUGUGUGUCUUUUAUUUAUUUUAAACUUAAAAUUGUAUUUCUGUUAUUUCUUUGCUAAAUAAGGCAAAAUUAUUGCCAUUGAGGUGUGAAAAUCUCACUUAACAAGCAAACAGUAACUUAAAGCAAGCAAAUAUUUUCUACCCAAGAGAAGAUUUUUUAAAAGUCUCAUUACAGGACCAAAGCACUUGUUGAGACAGACUCUUUUUGCAGUGUGGGAGGCUGAGCCAUGCAGAGAUUAGGACGUGUAGUGCAGUUUUAGAGAAGUGCAGUGUAAGUGUUUAUUGAUUGGAAUGACGCGGAGUCCUGGAGGAGGACCAGAAGAUGGAGGGUGCUGAGGAUGUAGGUCUGGAGUGUGCCAGGGGGACGGUCCGUUCCUCACGAGGCCACAGACAGGGGAGUGCUGCAGUCUAACUACCGAGCACUUUCAAAAACCGCUACGUGUAAAUCGCUUUUCCUUGAAAGCAAACACUUUCAAGGAGACUGUCCAUAAAAGCCUAUAUUCACGCAUUGUUUUACAUUUAGGCAGGGAUUUGUACGUUGCAUAACAUCAAUUUGCCUUUUUCCCAAUAUUUUAAGAGUUGUGUAAUUUUUACCCAUACCAAGCCAAUGCUGUACAGAGCUUGACCGCUGAAUAUACCUGUAAAUACUGUGGUGGGAAGAACAAGUGAAGGGAUGAUUGACUUUCUGCUGUUCGGAGCAUAACUGCGAUGCAGGUGCUGUAUGGCCUACAGACACACCACUCACGCAACACGUUAUGUAAAUGUGCACAAUAAAACUAUGCCCCGGUA